AUGAACACAUAUUACAUUAGUCUUCCAAUCCUUUUAAUGUUCGCACCUUUAGCAUUUGCGCUGCUUGGUUUCUUUUCUUCGAUUGCAAUAGUAACUUCAGCGUUGGCAAUUAUUGUAAUAGCAAUUAGGCUUGGAUUUUUAGCAGUUGAGUUUUCCGGAGGUGUUGCUUUAGAUUUUGUCGGGUGGAGUAUUAAGAAAUUAUUAUUAGAACAUAAUCAACAACAACAACAUAAUUACAAUUGUGUAAAUAUUAAGAAUCAUAAUAUAAAUAGUCAACAUUCACGUUCGCAUUCACAUCAUUUGCAUCAUAUUAAUAACUCUGCUGGUAUUGGAGUAAAUGGCAUUAGUAAAACAUCAGGAAAGAAAUAUAAAAUUAAUCAUCCACAUCAUAAAAAUAAUACAAAACAACAUGUAAAAUUAUCUACUAAAUUAAGAGACAUUGAUAAUAAUAAUAAUAAUAAAAUUGCAAAUCACAACUAUGUUAGUAAUGAUGAUUAUUUUAUGACAACGUUGAGGAGACCAACAGUAGGAAAUGGAAGAAGAUCAAGAAGUGAUUACAUAUGA